AUGAAGAACAGUACAAGAGUAUUAAAAGACAGUAAAAUACAAACAUUCAAUACAUGUUUUGAUAACAUAAAUUUAAACUAUGCUUCUCUAAAAAAUAAACACUUGAAAAAUGGACCUUCAUUUUCAUUUUUCUACGAAUAUGCUCACGAUAGAUCAAUUUUAUCCCUUUCACUAGAUGAAAGUGGAACAUACAUGGCUACAGCUAGCGCAGAUCAUUCCAUACGUAUACACAACCUAAAAAGUUUAUCAACUAUAAAAGAAUUAUAUCAUAAAAAAUGUGGUCAUUAUGAUUGGGUUAAUGAAGUAUUUUUUACCAAAAGAAAUGAAGUUCUUUCAGGAGGAUUGGAUGGAAAAUUGUGUCUAUGGAAUACUAUAUAUUCUUGUAAAAUUCAGAAAAUAAAUAAAAUUAUGAACUGUUCAGAAUAUUUAGAACAGAGAAAAAAAGUGAAAGAAGUAAAAUUUAAAACAUCCAAUAAUGUAAUAACUUGUAAAGAAAUGUGUGCACACCAUUCUACAAUUAGUGAUAUGAAAUUUGAUAAACAAAAUGAUAAAUGUAUUACUAGUAGUUAUGAUAAGACCUUAAAACUUUUUGAUAUUCGUAAAUUUCGGCAACUAUGUAUAUAUAAAGGUAAUCAUACUUGUCCAAUUACAAAAUUUUUGUGGUUACAAAACAAAAUAAUAUCAGCAGAUAAAAAUGGAUCUCUAUGUGUAUUUGAUGUAGAAACAUCUCAAGAAAUACUUAAUGCUAAAAAUACACAUACUGGAAAUAUAGGAGCUUUAAAUUAUUUUUAUUUGUAUAAUAAAACUGAAAAAAAGAUGAUAAAUAAUAACCCAAAUAUGGAUCAUGAAAAACGAAUGGAUAAAUCCUUACCCUUUUCAAGUAUAUCAUCAAAUGAUAUUAAAAAGAAUUAUUCUUUAAAAAAUAAAAAUAAUAACAAUAGAGAUAAGAAUAAUAAAAGAGAGGAUGUUAAUUAUGAUGACAAUUGUGAUGAUAAUGUUAUUAAAAAAAAUAUUAAUAGAAAUAUUAAUUUAAUUAGAUCAGAUAAUUUAUUUGGACAACAUGAUAAUUAUUUAAAUUUAAAUAAUGAAAAGAUACCCUUAAUAAUUACAGGUGGUCAAAAUGAUGGAAUAUUGAAAGUAAGAGAUUUUCGUAUAUUUCAUAAAUAUAUCAGUUACAAAAAAAUACACACAGCUAGCAUUAAUAGUAUUAUAACUUAUAAUUUAAACAAUAAAACAUAUAUUAUUUCUUGUUCAGCAGAUGGUUAUUGUUAUCAAUUUGAAAUACAGAGUAUAUGUUCAUCAAAUUUGAAUAAUUAUUUAAAAAAGAUAUGUGUAAAUGAACCCAUUUUAUCAGCACGAUAUAUUGGAAAUCAUUUUAUUUUGGUUGGUUCAUCUUUUGGAAAUUUAUUUUUAUUAGAUUUUUCUGAUUGUUCAGAAAAUACAUUAACAGAACAACCUAAAAAUAUAGCUUCAAUCAAUGAAAUUAAUACAAAUUCAAUUAAUCUUUCUGAUAAAAUUAAUAAUCCUUUAAAUGAAAAAAAAAGUACUAAUAAUGAUAUAUUAUGGGCUUUCGGGGCUUGUAAGAAAGGAGGAAUUAAUUGCAUUGAUUGUAUAUUUGUUUAUGAUUCAAAAAAUAAGCAUACAACUGAAUUUGAAAUGUAUAAUAUUAUAACAGCAGGAGAUGAUGGUAUACCAUGUUUCUUAUAUAUACCCAAUUCUUAUAUUUAA